AUGAUAGAUGAGCCAACAUCGAUAAUGAAAAUGGAGGAAACUAAUGUAAUCCAGUCCACCAAUGUCAGUAAUUCUACGUUUCCAGCUGACAACACAACUAGUGAUAAUCCAACCACAAGUUUGAAGAGAAGCUCUAGUCAAGUAAGGUCUUCUGAACAAGACGAUGAUCCAGAGUAUGCUAGAAAAGUAAUGGUUUUAGCACCUGAGGCAUCAAAAGUUGAAUUCAGUGAUGAAAACGUAUCCGGGAUAGUUCAUCCAAUUACUUCUUCUGAAUCAACUAUCUCGUUGCCAUCAUCAUUUUUGAAUACAGCCGUGGAGACAGUAGUAUCUAGAACAAUAAGUACAUCUGAUAAUUUGAAAUCAGCUACCAAUACAACUUCUGUGGACCUCCAAAGCAGUUGUGAUGCCUCUUCAACUAUUUCUGGAAAUCAACAGCAACAGGAACCAAAAAUUACAGAAAAGGGACAAAUUAGCUACAAUGCAUUCAGUGCGACUAGUCCACGUAGACUGCAUGUUUCCAAUAUUCCAUUUCGAUUUCGUGAAGCUGAUUUACGAUCUCUAUUAGGUCCUUAUGGUCCAAUACUAGAUGUUGAAAUCAUAUUCAACGAAAGAGGUUCCAAAGGCUUCGGUUUCGUUACAUUUAUGAAUGCAGCUGAUGCCGAAAAAGCACGUGAAAGUCUUAAUGGUCAUAUUGUAAUGGGUCGAAAGAUAGAAGUAAACCAUGCAACGACACGGGUUCUUACAAAGAAACGAAGUGAUGCAACACUGAUUGACGGGAGUAAAGUUCACAAUUUUGGUAAUCAAAAUACUGUAAUUAAUCCUGGUACUGGCACAAUGGUCUCGAAAUCACGAGUCAGUGGAACAACUGGAGGAACUAGUAGUAAUGUUGUUGCUGCUGCAAUUUCAGCUGCUGCCGCCGCAGCUGCAAUUUCAGGUGCCGGAAUUGUGAAUAAUUCUAUAAAUGGCUUGAAUCAUUUUUCAAAUAUGCAUUCGACUAAUUUACCAGCGAACAGUUUACUUUUUCGUCAGAAUACUUCUGUAUUUUCAUCGGCCUCACCACCUGCAUCUAACGCAGCAAUACCAUCAAUGGCAGCUUUAACAUCAUCAUCAUCCACAUCGCCAUCAGCCAUAGCCAAUCUUAUUAAAGCCCAACAGCAGCAACAACAACAGACCUUAGCUGCAGCUGCUACAGCUGUCGCUUUACAGCAACACAAUCAAAUUGGUAAUACAAAUAGUCAAAAUACUCAAGCGAUUCUUGCAGCUCUUAUGCUUCAAAACCUCAAUGUUCCCAAUCCUCUUGCCACAUCUCAAAUUUUAAAGCAACCGUUUACUGAUCUCCAAUCAAGGGAAGUUUUUAAGGUGAACCAAUCAAAUCUUGGUAUUGAUUUAUUGUUGAGUAAUCAACCUGGACGAUCUUAUCAAUUAUUGAAACAAACAUUUGGAAGUUUAAAUCCAUUUGUAUCAAAUAAUUUUUCUUCGGUUAAUACUCCAUUUAUGACUUCAAAUUUAAAUCUUCCAACUCAUCAACUUGGCCUGUCUUUAAUAAAUCAUACUAAUGGACAAAAUUUAAAUCUUUUCACAUCUUCUUCAUCACCAUCAACAUCUAUUGCUUCAUCUAUUCAAGGGGGAACAAAUUUUGAUAUGAAUUCAAAUGAAACUAAUUUAUGGCUUACAUCUUUAAUUGGAAGCGGUAUUCAAUCUGAUUUUACAGGGAAUAAUAAUCCUAAUAGUUUAACGAAUCAAAUUUAUCAAAUGCACAAAUCUACUGCAAAUUUAAAUGAUAAUACUAAUAAUUUAUUAAAGGCCAAUUGUCUAUCAAAGAUACAAUUUUAUACCGAUGAUAGAAAGUCGAAUUUGAAUGGAUUAAAGGAUCCAGCUAACAUUAAUAUUCCACACAUUUCUAAUAUCUCUAAUCAUCGCACUACAACAAAUAAUACUGGGAAUAGUAUAAAAACUAACGAAUAUAAUAUAAUGCAAAAUCAAUCUAUCAUGAAUACUGCUAAGAAUAGUGUUCUUGUAACACACGGGAUAGCUAACCAAGAUUCGAAUAAUAUAGUCAGUUCUGGUGUUACAGCAUCAUCUUUCAAUCCGCUUACGUUUGGCCUUAAUCCUCUAGUAUCACUUUCAUAUAAUCCCACUUCAUAUCUAAGUGGAACAGGAUUACUUACAGAUUUAUUUAACGGUGUUCCAGCACAACAAACAACUGUGUCAGUCAAUACUAUGCCUGGGACUAGUCCUGCUAGUUGUUUGUCCAAUUUUUGGCCAAUGAUACCAUCUGCUUCUGGUCUUAACCUACCUGUAUCUGGUUAUACUUCACCAUUAGUUAUUGGAAAUCAAGCAUUAUAUCGUAACAAUGUUAACAUACCUCGUUUCUCCACUUACUAAUGCAACUGAUACAUAGACAUGCCAUCCAACUAAUUAGUUGCUUUAGUUCACCACUUAAAUUUGUUUCAUUUUGCUUAUAGAGAGGAGAAUAAUCGUGUAUUCGUACAGACUUUUUUUGUUGUACAUACACAUAACACUUAUUUAAUGUCUCUUCUUUCUAGUCUUCACAUUAUAUAAGUUUUACAAAUUACUUAUGAAUUCGUGUUGAAUACAUUUUUUAUUUUCAUGCUUCACUUGUUUCGAAAAUAAAAAUUCCUUUCGCUUAAUUAUUUACUCAAUUUCUAACUUCUUGAUAUUUUAGUUUGAAAAAUACCAAGAAAGUAGAGCAUUUAUUUAUUUAUUUCUUCAAUUCAAUGUUUCAUUGUAACCAAUAAAACUAAUCGGUAUUACGUAACUCACAUAAGUAGUAAAUGAGUAGUAUGUACUUUUCUCUUUGAUUUAUUCUAAUAAUAUUUUGAAAGUAUUAACCAUUUAGAAUGAGUAGAUAAUUAUCAUUCUUGAUAAACGAUGCUUGUAUUAUUUGUUUCAAUGCUUUGUAAAUAAAGAUCAACCUGAAG